UCUUUCUGGCUACGUACAAAAUUUCAUUUAUAUGUCAGUCUAGCACUGCCAUCCUUACAUAACAGUUUGAUUUUUCAAGUUUCUUUUUCGGUCUUGAAUUUCGAAGACAAAAAAAGAAUCUGAGAAGAAACCAUCUAGGUUUUAGUGGUUUUAAAAGCUUUUUGAGUCCUAAGUUCUUUUCUAAUUCAGAGUUCAAAAGUCAUGGCUUUGGUAGAAGUACUUUGGGAGAGAUAUUAGCUUUUCUGUUUAGUUUGGAGCGUUUUAGUUGUUGAAAUGGAGAGUGGUAAUAUCCAAUUAGGCAGUUCCUCUAUAUGGAGGAACCAUGGUAGUGUGGACGCUUUUUCGAGUUCUACACGCAGAGAAGACGAUGAAGAAGCUCUCAAAUGGGCUGCCCUAGAGAAGCUUCCCACUUAUAAUCGUCUGAGGAAAGGUAUACUCACCUCGGCCAGUGGAAAAGCUAAUGAAAUUGAUAUACCAAAUCUUGGUUUUGAAGAGAAAAAGGACUUGGUUGAGAGGUUGCUUAAAGGCACUGAAGACGGCAACGAAAAGUUUGUAUUGAAGCUCAAGAAUCGUAUUGAUAGAGUUGGAAUUGAUCUUCCCACAAUUGAAGUUCGAUUUGAGCAUCUAAAUAUAGAAGCAGAAGCUUAUGUAGGAAGCCGAGCUUUGCCUACUCUCGUAAACUGGAUUGCUAACAUAAUCCAGGGAUUCUUGACCAAUCUCAGUAUACUUUCAAGUAGCAAGACAAAAGUCUCUAUCCUUAACAAUGUUAAUGGAAUUAUAAAGCCUAGCAGAAUGACAUUACUAUUGGGUCCUCCAAGUUCCGGCAAGACCACACUGUUAUUGGCUUUGGCUGGAAAGCUUGAUCCAGAUCUAAAGCUAUCGGGAGCAGUGACUUAUAAUGGCCAUGGAAUGAAUGAUUUUGUACCCCAAAAAACUGCUGCAUACAUCAGUCAACAUGAUAUGCAUAUUGGAGAAAUGACUGUAAGGGAGACAUUGGCCUUUUCUGCAAGAUGCCAAGGGGUCGGAACUCGUUACGAUAUGCUAGCUGAGCUAUCCAGAAGAGAGAAAGCAGCUAAUAUAAAGCCUGAUCCUGACAUUGAUGUCUUCAUGAAGGCAACAGCAACAGAAGGUCAGGAGGUUAACGUAGUGACAGAUUACAUUCUGAAGAUUUUGGGACUGGAAGUGUGUGCUGAUACAAUGGUAGGGGAUGAAAUGUUAAGAGGUAUCUCCGGAGGACAAAGGAAGCGUGUUACAACAGGUGAGAUGCUUGUUGGACCGGCAAACGCUUUGUUCAUGGACGAGAUAUCUACCGGUUUGGACAGCUCGACAACAUUUCAAAUUGUGAAUUCAAUCAAACAAAAUAUUCACACAUUUGAUGGAACGGCUGUCAUCUCACUCCUCCAGCCAGCACCAGAGACUUAUGAGCUUUUUGAUGACAUUAUCCUCCUCUCAGAUGGCCAGAUUGUGUACCAGGGUCCUCGUGAGCAUGUGCUUGAGUUUUUUGAAACUACGGGAUUUAAAUGUCCUGAGAGGAAAGGCAUUGCUGACUUCCUACAAGAGGUGACAUCAAGGAAAGAUCAGGAGCAAUAUUGGGAAAGGAAAGAGGAUCCCUACAGUUUCGUUACAGUUAAGAAAUUUGUUGAGGCAUUUGAGUCAUUCCAUGUGGGACAAAGACUUGGGGAGGAACUUUCAAUUCCAUUUGACAAAAGAAAGAGCCACCCGGCAGCUUUAACAACGAAAAAGUAUGGUGCUAAAAAGGGAGAAUUGUUGAAAGCUUGCAUCUCAAGGCAACUUUUGCUGAUCAAGAGGAAUUCCUUUGUCUUUUACUUCAAGUUCACCCAAAUUACAAUUAUGGCCUUGAUUAGCAUGACAAUGUUUCUACGAACCAAGAUGCACCACAGCUCAAUAAAUGAUGCAGUAAUUUAUAUGGGUGCUAUGUUCUUCGCCAAUGUCAUAGUUAUGUUUAAUGGGAUGUCAGAGAUUUCAAUGACCAUUUUAAAGCUUCCUGUCUUUUAUAAGCAAAGGGACUUUUUCUUCUUCCCUUCAUGGGCAUAUGGUCUUCCAGCAUGGAUUCUCCAAAUACCUAUAUCAUUUGUAGAAGUAGCAGUUUGGGUGUUCAUGACCUACUACGUGAUCGGAUAUGAUCCAAAUGUUGGACGGUUUCUCAAGCAAUAUAUCCUCUUCUUGUUUGUUAACCAGAUGGCUUCCGGUUUAUUUCGUACUAUUGGAGCAUUGUGUAGAGACUUGGUUGUUGCUAACACUUUAGGGUCAUUUGCACUGCUCAUACUUUUCACAUUAAGUGGCUUUGUUCUCUCUAAAGAUGAUAUUAACAAGGGGUGGAUUUGGGGUUACUGGAGUUCACCUCUGAUGUACAGUCAGAAUGCAAUCGUAGUUAAUGAGUUACUUGGGAAGAGCUGGAGACAUGUACUGCCAAACUCUACAAUAUCUGUAGGAGUUGCAGCUUUAGAGUACCGCGGGUUCUUUACACACGCGUAUUGGUAUUGGCUAGGAGUUGGGGCACUGAUUGGAUUCUCAUUGCUAUUCAACAUUUUUUAUGUUCUAGCUCUCUCCUACCUAAACCCACUUGGCAAAAUUCAGGCUGUUAAAUCAGAAGAUUCUGGGAGGAUUGCAGAGGAAAGUCGGUCAAGUCAACCAACCACGCCAGAUAGUAUGAAUACAGAAGUUUCUGCGGAGGCUAUUAACAGAGGGAAACGAGGAAUGGUUCUUCCAUUUGAACCACAUUCCAUAACCUUUGAUGAAAUCACAUACUCAGUGGACAUGCCACAGGAAAUGAAGAUGGAGGGUGUUGUAGAGGAAAAGUUAGUUCUUCUGAAGGCUGUGAGCGGUUCUUUCAGGCCAGGUGUUUUAACAGCUCUUAUGGGUGUAAGUGGUGCUGGUAAAACGACUCUCAUGGAUGUACUGGCUGGUAGGAAAACUGGUGGAUAUAUUGAAGGAGACAUAAAAAUUUCCGGGUACCCAAAGAAGCAAGAAACAUUUGCUCGGAUUUCUGGAUAUUGUGAGCAAAAUGACAUUCACUCCCCUCAAGUUACUGUCUACGAGUCAGUGCUCUACUCAGCAUGGCUUCGUUUGCCACCUGAAGUAACAUCUGAAACCAAAAAGGUGUUCAUUGAGGAAGUGAUGGAACUUGUGGAACUUAAUCCAUUGAGGCAAGCACUUGUUGGGUUGCCUGGUAUCAAUGGUCUUUCAACUGAGCAGCGCAAGAGGUUGACUAUCGCAGUUGAGCUAGUGGCGAAUCCCUCGGUAAUAUUCAUGGAUGAACCAACUUCGGGGUUAGAUGCAAGAGCAGCUGCAAUUGUCAUGAGAACAGUUAGGAACACAGUGGAUACUGGUAGAACAGUUGUGUGCACCAUCCAUCAGCCUAGCAUUGACAUUUUUGAAUCUUUUGAUGAGUUACUGCUACUGAAGCGGGGAGGACAAGAAAUUUAUGUUGGUCCAUUAGGUCGCCAUUCUUGCAAUCUAAUCAAAUAUUUUGAGGAGAUUGAAGGAGUCUGUAAAAUAAAAGAUGGUUACAAUCCAGCAACAUGGAUGUUGGAUGUUUCCACUGCAGCACAAGAAUUAGCUUUGGGGAUUGAUUUUGCUCAUGUUUACAAAAACUCAGAACUAUACAGGAGAAAUAAGCAACUCAUUACAGAAUAUAGCACGCCUUCCCCUUCUUCAAAGGAACUCUCUUUCCCUACUCGAUACUCACAACCGUUUCUCAUCCAAUCUAUGGCUUGCUUGUGGAAACAACAUUGGUCAUAUUGGCGUAACCCAUCGUACAAUGCAGUAAGACUUCUCUUCACAAUAGGCAUAGCAUUGGUGUUUGGGACAAUGUUCUGGAAUCUUGGCUCCAAAACGAAUAGACAACAAGAUCUGUUUAAUGCAAUGGGUUGUAUGUUCACAGCUGUUAUCUUUCUCGGGGUCCAAAAUGCAACAUCUGUGCAACCUAUAGUUGCUAUUGAAAGAACAGUCUUUUACAGAGAAAAAGCUGCAGGGAUGUAUUCAGCCUUGGCUUAUGCAUUUGCACAGGUUAUGAUUGAGCUACCGUAUAUUUUGGUACAAGCUGUGGUUUAUGGAGUCAUAACUUAUCUAAUGAUCGGAUUUGAGAGAACUUUUGUUAAAAUCUUUUGGUACAUAUUCUUCAUGUUCUUCACAUUGGCGUACUUCACAUUUUAUGGCAUGAUGGCUGUGGCGGUUACUCCAAACCAUCACAUAGCUACUAUUGUUUCCAGUGCAUUUUAUGCAAUAUGGAUGCUCUUUUCUGGUUUUCUUAUUCCUCGACCGAGGAUUCCCAUAUGGUGGAGAUGGUACUACUGGGCAUGUCCAAUAGCUUGGACAUUGUAUGGAUUGAUUACAUCACAGUUUGGAGAUGUUGAUGAUAUGCUCGAAAAUGGUGAAACAGUGAAACAGUUUUUGAGAGCUUAUUUCGGUUUCAAACAUGAUUUUCUGGGAGUUAUUGCAGUAGGGCUUGUUGGGUAUGCAGUGCUCUUUGCAUUCAUCUUUGCCUUUUCUAUAAGGGCAUUUAACUUCCAAAAGCGCUAAUAUAAUCUUCAAAAAAUGAGGAAAAUGUUAAACUACCAAACCGGCCAAGUAACACUAAGAGUACCCUUCAUAUAUAGUAUGUUCCAUGAAGAUUUGAUAAGUGGUUAUUGCUACCUUUAGAACUUAUUCUUUUAAUUUGUGAGCAAUUGUAAGCCUUAACCACAAAGUUAGAGGAAAAACCUCUGGAUCAAUGUAAUGUUUGGUAUACAUUUUAUGCGUAGUA